AUGAGCAAACUAACGAUGCUGAACAAUGCCGACAUCUUGUCCAACAUUCCACCGCUCGGUGGUAAGGAUACCACCGCCCAGCACCGGGAAGUGGUCGCUCGAUGGCGUGUGCCCAUGUACGGGAAGGUGUACGAGAUCGAGUUCGAGCACGGUACGGCUAGCGGGAAGCGUGUGCUGUGGAUCGAUAAGCAGGAAAUGUUUCGCCGCGACUGGAUGUUCAAGCUGGUCGGAGAGGACAUGUUCAAGCUGGAGGAUAAACGGUGCAUCAUACGGGUCGAUCCACUGCCCGGCUUCCGGUACAGCUACUCCUUGUUCGUGGACGGCAAAUCGUACGAACAGUUCACGGAAAGUCAAGCCAAAGCGCUCAAAACGUGGGAAGCAAAGCUGGGCGAUAAUUUCUACCGCAUCGUGCUAGAAAAGAAUACGCUAAACAUCUACGUGAAUGGGAAGCUUAUAGAAGAAAAUGGUGAGUUCGUAGAAGGUGGCACCGAUACAACAUUCAUCGAGGACAGCAACACGUUCGUGCUCAGCGCCCGUACGAGCGGCAACAAACGGGAAGGUAUCAUCCACCGGUUGACGGUAAACGGUACGGACGUUCCUGAUUCCGGUGCGAUGAUGUGA